AUGAACGACUUUUCUGACAUCCCACCUCUCCCUUUGGCAGACUGGGACGUAUUAAUUUCUGGGACCGGAGUCAAACAGUCUCUCCUUGCAGUAGCACUUUGCCGCGCUGGGAAAACCGUCCUACAACUCGACAAGAAUUCUCACUAUGGCGGUAGCGCUGCAGCCUUCUACUCGCUCUCCGAGGCGGAUGCGUGGGCAGCGAGAGUAAAUAGUGGAGACGAGGUCGGCAUAACAAAUGCUGUUGUCGUUUCAAAUGUUGGAGAGGGGGUUGGUGGUGGUAACGGGAGGGGGUAUACACUUUCUUUAGCGCCGCAUUUGAUUUACUGGCACAGCAGCGUUUUGGAAAUGCUACGGAGGGCGGACUUAACAGACGGGUUUUCCUGGUAUGCGGUUGGGAGUUGGUGGGUGUGCUUGACAGAUGAGGAAGUUGCGGUUCCGGCGGUGGCGACUGGGACAGGCGGUGUGGUUGGGCUCGCGGAGAUUGGGGUCAAGGCCGCGAAGCUCGCGUCUAUGACCGGGAAGAAGAGGGCUGGGUGGAACAAGGGGCGGAAGAAGAAGCCAGCUGCUAAGACCGCUCUGGAGGGAGGAGAGGCAGCGGUGGGAGGAAUGACGGCUCAAGGGAACGGCGAAUCUCCUCUGCGGAAGGUCGAUAAUUUUCGGGAGGUCCCUUGCACGUACGAGGACGUAGCUUGGAGCAAAGACCUAACGGACAAAGACCGGGGACAACUCGGCGAAUUUCUGCGCUUUGUGGUGAAAUAUAAUGAUCCUACCGACCAAAAGUUUACCCAGAUUUUCGAAGAAAAUCGCCAAACAUCGCUCCAGACCUUCCUCUCCACAACCUUUCCAAUACCCCCAUUUAUCACAACCUCCAUCUCCUCACUAACCCUCUUCCCAUCCGCACCCUCUGACAUCACCCUCGAGCAAGCCCUCCCCCGCCUCGCGGCACACUUCACAUCCCUAGGCAAAAUCCCAGACGUGCGCUCAUCCGCGGCACUCACAAUCGCAUACGGCGGUUCCGCCGAGCUCUGCCAGGUUCUAUCCCGUGCGGCCGCCAUAGCCGGAGGAAUCAAUGUUCUCGGCCGAGGCGUCAAGUCGCUGUGCUCCAAUGAAACGGGCGAUGGAAAUCGGAAAUUAGAAGCGCAUCUAGAAAGCGGCGAGACUGUAUAUGCUGACUGGGUCAUUGGUGAAGCUAGUGAUCUGGCAAAGGAGGUUAAAACAUCGGGUGGAAAAUCGGUAUCUAGGGGGAUUUAUGUCAUCGAAACUGAGAUAAGCUGGCUGUUCGAGCAGAAGUACAAAGACGAGAAUAUUACCCCCGCCGCGGCGGUUGCAGUUGUCCCUGGGGAUGAUGAGAGGGCUCCUGUUUAUGUCAUUGCGAGAUCCGGUGUGACGGGAGAGUGUCCCAGGGGUCAAUGUUUAUUCCACGCGGUCACCGAAUCAUCGUACGAAGACAUGAACGCUGCUAUCGAUAAAAUCCUACAAACGUGCUCGCCCCUGUCGGGGGUGCUAUACUCACUCCAGUACACCGUUGCUGCCCCCAGCCCGGAGAUAGGCGCCGAAGAUGGCGCUGUGAUAUUAGAUCCAUUAACUCAGGAUAUAGCCCUUCAGGGAAGUGUGCUGGAAGAGUGCUUGAAGAUCUACGAGGAGAUUAUGGGAACUCGGGAAGGGUUUAUGGAUGUUUCGGAGGAAGUUCGGAGGAUGAAGGAGGAUAUGGAGGAAUAAGAUACUCUGUUUCUUUUAUCCGUGAGGUAUUUGCGGUGGGUUGGGUUUAUUGUAGAAAGGGGUUUGAGAAUAACUCUUUUUUUUGGUGUAUUAUAAUUGGGAGAGACAGGUGCUGCCCGAGUAGAGCCCCGAGCACAUCUUUGUCGACAGAAUCAUAGGGAGAUCCUAGGGGUGGCUCGUCUUGAUCAGCGGAGAGGAGAAUGCAUUGGGCUAGACUCAAUUGGAUUCCUGAGCCAAUUCCCCCCCAAAUUGCCCAAUCAGCAAAUAACACAUUCACAACUAA